GGUUUUCCAGAACGCGUUUCAUUGAAGUCGAAUUGUGGCACACUCUGCUUGCCAUACUAUGGCAAUCCGCUGGAAAAGAUCCCGCUCGGUCCUUUUCGGACAUUUUCGGACAUUUGAUCGAUGAUUCGACAUUCACGGUUUAUUCAACGCUGGUUACAUAUCUCGUGAACGCGCGUAAUCCAGGAUAACGUUAGCCUGGCUUGAACUAACCUGAGCAAGGCGCGGCUGAACUGCGUUGAUGGAACGGCUUUAGCCUCAAGUAGAAGUUGGCGCUAGUUCUAACCAGGCUUAAUCAACUAAUAGCCGCUUUCGUUAGCUACUUUGAUGGAAUACCCCUCUGCACUGACUAGUUUGAUAGUUUGAUGGGAAUUUCCUUCCACGUGAGUAACGUCAAUACUGAACUCCAUUGAAAAAAACCGUCAAAUUAACGCAACGAUGAUUGUGAUGGAUCGCCUGGUAACUGGUCAUUUAAGUUACAUUGUUACCGAAAUGAGUCCACAUUUAACUACAGAAUAUGUGCCGAAUUACAUUGAAGUGGCUAAUGAAUGUUAUCUUUUCAAUAUUAUCUAUGUUGUUUAUCCUAGACUCCUCUAAACAAGGCUUGUUGUAAAUGGUUUUUUUUUUCUUAUUUUUAUAAGGGAGUUCUGCAGGCAGCUUGACAGAGUACAGUAUCUCCACACACCUCCAGCAUUUCAGAGCAGAUGAUACUGCUUAUUGUUCCAUGACUUUAAACAUAAUUUCAUAUACUUAUUCAUAUGUUAAUUCUUAAGAUCUCUGUGGGUAGUUAAUUAUAUUUUAUUAUACAUUUAUUUAGCAAAUGUGUGUGUGUGUGUGUGUGUCAGUCAUCAUGGUCAUUUAAGUUUUGUUUUUUUUACUGAAAUAAGUCUACAUUUGCCUACAAAAUAGGUGCCGAAUUAUAACAACAAAAUGUUAUUUUUUUAUAAAUAUCAUCCAUGUUGCUUGUCCCUAAGACUACUCAAACAAGACCUGUUUUAAAUUGUGUACUUUUAUAAGGGAGUUCAGCAUGAACCAGGCGGUUCAGUUUCUUUUCCAGGCUGUUCAGUUGCUUUUUAGCGCCUAGAGCAGAGAAUACUGUUUUUGUUAUUUUCAUGAUUUUGAAACCUAAUUUUUCACAGACAUUAAUUAAAAUAAACAGAGUUAAACUCAAGACAGGUGCCCAGGUAAAGCCUAUGUAUGAGAAACAUUGCUAACGUUACCAGAGGGUUGUACUACGAACAUAGAUUAAACAGAUAGUUAGGUAACUUCAGCCUUAACACACACAUACACGCACGUCUCUAUAUGGGUGUCCACACAGGUCUCCAACAGUACAUUGUUUGCAUUAAAGUUAAAUCAUAAUCUGUCAUUGAUUUGAAUAUUUAAAUUUGUUAUGUUUACAAAGAAUGAGAUAAUCAAACUGUCUUUCUCACUCACUCUAGCUAGGAUAUCAUCACAUUCCUCUAUCAUCGGUGGAAAGAUCUCUUCAGCCACGACCUUAUCAUCGCUGCUGUUAAGGUAUCUGAUGAAUGUGGAGGUGCAAGGACUGUGACUAUUCAUGUACCAGAAGAUCUGAAUUGCUUAAGCAUUAUAGACUAGAUCAUCAACAUUAUGGAAGGCACCAUCCUUACCUCUGUCUAUAUGAAAACUGUCCAUUUUCAUGUAAAACAUGGAAUGCUUUAAAGAAGCAUCUUUCUACAAACCACUUUUCUCAGCAAUCCUCAACAGAAGAGAUCUCACAUUUGAAGUGCCACGUUUGUGGGUACUCGCAACUUUCUACUGAAACUGACUUUUUUCACCACAUUGGCCAACAUUUGAAGAAUAAUGAAUCAGUUCCUUGUAUGUAUGUUGAUUGUUCAUAUCAAACCAACAUAUAUGGAAGUUUUCACACUCACAAAUGGAGAAAACACAAAGUGUGUACAGUUGGAGAUUUAAAACCUGGAAUAGUUCACAGGUCAAUCGUCAAUCCCUCUGCUUUAGAUUCAAGUAACAGUGACACUGAGUUGAAUGAAGAUUUACUAUUUGAUGAACCAACUUUUGAAGAACCUAGAGAUUUGACAAAAGAUGUUGAGCUAAAAUUAGCCUCAGUUUUACUGAAAUUAGAACAUAGUUACCUGGUGUCAAGUGCAGCUGUAAAUUUACUCCUUGAGGAACUGCAAUAUCUCAUUGGGACUGUUUCUGUGCCGGUCACCCAGAAGACUAUCACUCAGUUUUUAGGGGCUCACAAUUGUCAAGUAGAUGGAUCACUUGUCCAAGACUUAGCCACAGAAAUCUGCACAUCACAUCCUAUUCAACUCGCUAUCGGAACACAAGGCCCAUUGUCUACUGCAUGGAAGCGCAACAAAUAUUAUAUUACUAAGUUUAGUGUAGUGGAACCAGUAGAAUUUGUAAUUGACCAAAAGAACAGAAGGUCUUUUCAAUAUAUUCCUGUACUAAAAACGUUGCAGCAGGUUUUGAACUGUGAGACUAUCCUAAGCAGUGCAGUUAAUUUGAACGAGAAACUUCAAUCAGUGUUAAGUGAGAAGCAGGUUUACAGAUGUCUCUGGGAUGGUGCAAUUUUUAAAGAAAACACACUUUUCUCAAAUGAGUGUGCCGUUUCCUUAAUUCUCUAUAUAGAUGAUUUUGAGGUGUGCAACCCCCUUGGCACAUCGCGUAAAAAACAUAAAAUCUGUGCCAUAUAUUGGAUUUUAGGCAAUCUGCCACCUGGUUCUCAUUCUUCGUUGUCAUCAAUCUACUUGGCUGCAUUGAUUAAUAGUGAUGAUGUAAAGUUGUAUGGAUAUGACAUUGUUCUAGAACCUUUGAUUAGUGAUAUCCUUAUUUUGGAACAACAUGGAAUAUUUGUGCCCAAGUUAGGGAAAUGUGUAAAGGGAACAAUUCAAUGUGUUGUUGCUGACAACCUCGGUGCCCACGGUAUUGCUGGUUUUUUGGAGAGUUUUUCUGGUGCAUACAUUUGUAGGUUUUGUACAGCCACGAAAUUAGAAAUUCAAACAAGGGACGUAGGGAGUGAAGCAUUCUCUUUGAGGACAGAGGAGGGUCACGGAAGACAUCUUAAAACCCUUGAGGAAGAAUCAUUGGUCAAUUGUUUUGGUGUUAAGAGGAGGUGUGUUUUGUCGGAAAAACUUACUCAUUUUAAUGUCACUACUGGCUUUCCACCUGACAUUGUUCAUGAUUUAUUUGAAGGAAUUGUUCCAGUUGAAGUAGCUCUGUGUCUCUCUGUGCUCACCUCGAAGUACUUUACUUUGAACUUUUUGAAUGACUCUAUAAAAACUUUCCCCUUCAAGUGGACUGAUAAAGCAAAUUGCCCCCAUCCUGUGCCACUGACCUACAAAAUUAGGAGAACAGUUGGUGGCAAUUCUCACGAGAAUUGGAGUUUGAUCAGGUUUUUGCCACUCCUCCUCGGGCAGAAAGUGCCUGCUGAUGAACCUGCCUGGAAUCUCCUCACUGACUUAAAGGACAUUGUGGACCUUGUUGUCACACCGGUGCAUACUGAUGAAACAAUAGCUUAUUUGAAUUUCAAAAUCUCUGAGCAUAGAGUGCGGUUCAAGGAGGUUUUCCCAGACACCAACUUGCUUCCUAAGCAUCACUUCUUAGAACAUUAUCCACAGCUAAUUCGUCAGUUUGGCCCUUUAGUUUCUCUUUGGACUUUACGAUUCGAAGCGAAGCAUAGCUUUUUUAAGAGAGUUGUGCGGCACACUCGAUGCUUUAAAAAUGUGUUGUUGUCCUUGGCACAGAGACACCAAUUAUCCAUGGCACACCAUAUUUACACCUGUGGCUUUCCUAAACCUCUCCUGGAAGUGAAAAAGUUCUCAACUGUUAGCAUUGAUGUCCUGAAAGAUGAUAUUGCACGGGCUGUGAAACACAAGAACCCAAACGUGAAGGAAGUGUCUUUGGCCGAGAACGUCACCUAUAAUGGAUUUAACUACAGACUUGGAAUGAUCCUUGCUCAUGGUUCACUUGAAGGAAUGCCUGCAUUUAUUGAAAUCAUCCAGAUGGUGGUUCUCCAAAAGGAGUUGGUCUUCAUUGUUAGGAAACUAAGUGCUUGGUACCUGGAACACUUUAGAGCCUAUCAACUUGAAAUCUCGCCUACAAAGGAGAUAGAAGUUCUGGAGCCAUCUCAACUGACUGAUCCUUACCCUUUGGCAGACUACACAGUUGGGACAAUGAGGCUUAUCACCCUGAAGCGAUAUAUUCACGUUUAAGGUUUGCAAGAGUCAAUAUCUCUUAUAUGUUUUUUCCUGUUGUGCAGCUAGUAGCAGGGGAGCUCGAUCGUGGCUGGACAUAUUUUUUUCAGGACUUUUCCUAUGGUAGCACUCAGGAACCUAGAGCUUUAUUUGGAAAAUGACCGGAAUUCUCCCUUAAAUGAGAAAAUGUUAGUUGAAAUGAAAGCCUAAUGUCCUAAUUUUAAGUGUCAAUAAUUUAGUUAUACCUAUUUCUUUGUUUGUUUAUAUUGUUUAAUUUGUCAAUCUGGUAUGGGGUUAAUGGGUACCUAAGGUGUCUCUCCCUCUCUUUCCCUCCCACUCACAGGAUCUCUAGACAUGGCGAGUGUCACACGGCUCCUGGUGAUUUUAGAAGAGGACAGUUGCAUCAAGCUGGAGCUUCCGAAUGGCAUCCCUGGCUCCGUUGACGAAGUCAUCGAAGAAAUAAAGAAUAUUUCUGGUCUAACUAAUGAAAUACGGCUUCAGUACUACGAUGCUGACUUCAGCAGUUGGGUUAACUUGACUAAAACUUCAGACCUGAAGGAUCUUGCCACUUUGAAGGUUGUUCAACCCCCCCCUGUGACAUUAGUCUUUGAGCCAGUUGACCUCUCUGUGAAUGAGGCCAAUGUUCACAGCCAAGAUGAUGCAAGUAUCUCUUCAUCUGCAUGCUCAGAUGAUACAUUACCUGUAAGCGACGCUUCCUCGGACACCUUCAGAAAGGAGCAGUGGCCCAAGGUGUUCAUCAUCCCUACUUUCUCACUUUCCACAGAAUCUCAACUUAAGGCUGGAAAUGCAGAGUAUCAGAGCAACCAGGUUAGACUGACUCCCAGCUCUAAAAUGAUUUCCGACAUACUUGAAAGACUCGCUGACAAAGUCUAUUCGUACAGAUCCUAUCCUAGUGAUGCAGACUUGAGUGAAGUGGCACAGGCGCUCACACAGACACACCCCUGUCUGAAAGAACCAGGGUCCUUCAACCACAGUUACGGAUGGAAACAGAGGCUCAAGACGAAGAUGUAUAACUAUCGCACAUACCUAAAAUCACACAGUUCAUCAUCUGACGAGCUGACUGUGAAUUCUGUCAAAAGAAAAUCCCCCACCGACGCCCACCCAGCAAAGAACAUAAAAAAACCCAGGAGAGCCGAGUCUAACCAUUACCCAUCUCUACCUCAUGGCGAGACCCCUGAGUCCAUGGAACAAGAGAGAAUAGCCCUUUUGACUGAAGUAAAGAAAAGGAACAAUGGCAAAACAAUAAGAGCGAAGAUGGCUCAGACGUUCGCAUUUCGGAGGCAAGAAAUUGUCAACAAGAAAGCAUCUUUGGAGGAUAUUAUUGAGAGAUGGCCAGCACUCUUCGAAGUCCAAGAGAUAAAUGCAGAGUUCCACAGAGUAACCACAAUACCCCUUGAAGCAAGGUUCAUGGAGAAACUUGACGAGAAGUGCAUCGAACUGAUUCAGGUUGUCAGAAAGAAGGGUGGAGCAACUCGGGAGAAGACAAAGCUCCUGCCAGUUGUAGAAAAGGAUACUGAUAUCGGUACAAGGAGGGAGAUCGCUCUCAAAUGUCUCAUCAUCAACAUGAGAGAAUCAAUGGAUGAUCUGGUCCAAGAAUUCCUGGUGUCGGAGAAGGAAGAGGCUGAACACAUUCUUCAGGGGGCAACCAUGGCAAUCUACAUCAUCAGAGAUGCACAAGCUGCACCCAAAGACAUUGGCAUUAUACUUGAGGGACAAGAGGUUGUGAACGAGUUGCCGUCUGUCGCAAAUGCUGUCGCCAUUCUCAUGGGACUCCUUUAUGUUCUCAAUAUGGAAUAUCCAAAGACAUUGAAACAGACAUUUGAAUAUAUCCAGAAAGUCCUCAUGGAGCUGGACCCGAAAGGCAUGACCACCAAGGUCAAGAAGCUCUACGACCAGCUAUACAGUACAGCUUAGUUGCAUCGUAACAGUAGCAAGUAAAGUAGCAUUAGUCAGUAGUAGUGUUUGCUUUUGCAGCUGACUAGCUGGCAUACAUAUGUGGUGUGACUAAUUUGAGAGCUGACUGACUGACUAGAGACUUGACUGACUGACUGACUUGAGACUUGACUGACUGACUUGAGACUUGACUGACUGACUUACUUGCGCCUUGACUGACUGACUGACUUGAGACUUGACUGACUAACUUGAGACUUGACUGACUGACUAACUUGAGACUUGACUGACUGACUGACAUGAGACUUGACUGACUGACUUGAGACUUGACUGACGGAUUUUACAUUUCAGCCAGGUUUGGCAUCUCACUGUUAAUGUCUUGGGAUUGUACACUGUUUGGUUAUAUCAGGAGGAUUUUACAGUUCAGCCAGGUUUGGCAUCUCACCGUUAAUGUCUUGGGAUUGUACACUGUUUGGUUAUAUCAGGAGGAUUUUACAGUUCAGCCAGGUUUGGCAACCCACCGUUGAUGUCUUGCAAUUGUACACUGUUUGGUUAAAUCAGGACGACUUUACAUUUCAGCCAGAUUUGGCAUCCCAACGUUAGUAACUUGGAACACUGUUAAUUUAAAUCAGGGUUUUGACUGUUUUUGAAUUCCAUUUCUCAAGUGUUAAAUUACAACCAUGCAGAUACCCUGUAAAAUGUCAUGUUUUAUCAUUUUAUAAGUUAGUUAAUUGAUAUCAAUGUGUCAUGAGAAUUAUUGAUAUAUAUAUUUUUUAUUAAACAAAUAAUUUCUAUUUAGUUUUAUAUUUUAAAUGAUAAAUAUUUGUUUGAUAAAAUAUAUAUCUUUUUGAUUGGAUAAAGCAAAUAAUUUCUAUUUAGUUGUGUUUCUGAAAUAAUAAAUACUUGUUUGAUAAAAUUAUAUCUCUUUGAUUGGAUAAAACAAAUAAUUUCUAUUUAGUUGUAUUUCUGAAAUAAUAAAUAUUUGUUUGAUAAAAUAUAUAUCUUUGAUUGGAUAAAACAAAUAAUUUCUAUUUAGUUGUAUUUAUUAAAUGAUAAACAAUUGUUUGAUAAAAUCUAUAUAUUUUUGUUAGAUAAAACAUUACAUUUAAAUUAAUUGGCUUCCUUUUAACAAGAAAAUAUGAUUUUGGCCAAGUCUUAAAAUAUAGUUUCCAUGGACAUAGAAAAUACAGUUUGAGACAAGUUUUAUUUUUUCAUUGGCUCAACUUAUACAAUAUAGAUGUGAACUGUUACCCUAAAAAAUUUUAAUUAGUUGAACUAAAAACUUUUUUCAGUGUAG